UAAAAAUAAACGGGUGGCUUUGGUGAGUAAAAUGUCCUACUGCUACAUGUAUAUUCACUGUUUGUUGUCACCUCUGUCUUUCAGGCAAACUCGAGAGCAGGAAACCCCGCCUGACUUCUUCUACUUCUCUGACUUUGAGCGGCACAAUGCUGAGAUUGCUGCUUUUCACUUGGACAGGAUCCUUGAUUUCAAAAGAGUGCCCCCGGUGGCAGGUCGACUCGUCAACAUGACAAGAGAGAUCAGAGAUGUGACGCGUGAUAAGAAGCUGUGGAGGACCUUCUUCAUUUCACCAGCCAACAACAUCUGCUUCUACGGCGAAUGUUCUUACUACUGCUCCACUGAGCAUGCUCUGUGCGGGAAACCAGACCAGAUCGAAGGUUCGCUCGCAGCCUUCCUGCCAGACCUGAACCUGGCCAAACGCAAGACCUGGAGAAACCCCUGGAGACGCUCCUACCACAAACGCAAGAAAGCAGAGUGGGAGGUGGACCCAGAUUACUGUGAUGAAGUGAAGCAGACGCCCCCGUAUGACCGUGGCACUCGCCUGCUGGACAUCAUGGACAUGACCAUCUUUGACUUCUUAAUGGGCAAUAUGGAUCGUCAUCAUUAUGAAACUUUUGAGAAGUUUGGAAACGACACUUUCAUCAUUCACCUUGACAACGGAAGAGGGUUUGGAAAACACUCCCAUGAUGAGCUGUCCAUCCUGGUGCCGCUCAGCCAGUGCUGCAGGGUGAGGAAGUCCACAUACCUGCGCCUCCAGCUGCUGGCCAAAGAGGAGUACCAGCUGAGCUCCCUGAUGGAAGAGUCCCUCCUGCGUGACCGCCUGUCUCCCGUUCUCAUCCAGCCACACCUGCAGGCCAUGGACCGCAGGCUCCGGCUGGUGCUGCAGGUGCUCGCAGGCUGUGUGGAGAAAGAAGGCUCCGUUAAUGUUGUGGAGGAGGAUAUAUUUGGGGACACGUCCACCCACAGGAGCCGAGGUCAUAGGUAGUGAGGGCAUUGCUUUACGGGUGAUGGGGACCACCAGUGACUCAUGGACGAUGGGCCACGUCUGUGGCUGUCUGGCCAAUGGGAUCGGACCAAACAUCCCACUUCUGCUACCAAGCUGAAUUCAGUGAAUUCCGAGACUUGCCAAAAUUGCCUCUAUUGGAAACUGCUGUAUAAUUGUGGUGUUUAUAGAAGAAACCGUCCACAGAUACAGUAAACGGCUGCACUCACAUGGAAAGGAGACUUUGUAUUUGUCAGCUGCAGAUGUAUUUUUGUUUUACCAGAUGUUGUGUAAGACAUAAAGGAACCACUGCUGUGUUCUGACUCUGUCCUCUUUGUUUUAUAUAUUUUAAUAUGGGGGUAUCAGCUUGUUACGUGUGUUUUAUUAUGUUAUUGCAUAACCAAAUGAGAGCAAACACUGACUGGGCAUCUUAUGACCAGACAAUAAGCUUUAUGUUUUAUCACGAUGUAUACACGGGAAUAUGGAGAGGUUUGGAGAUAUUUUUGUUUGUUUUGUAAAACAUGGCGUUCCCCUCCUGCAGUCAAAUUUAUCAGCCGGUGAAGUGAAGUCACGCCUGGUAGAGACAAAGACGGGUUUCAUGUUUAUCUUUCUUGACACAAACACGAGUUUAAAUGUUACCGCUUACACAGAAUAAAUCCGAGUUCAAGCGUAUUUCUCACUGUAUUUUAAAAUUUUUGCAUUGCUUUUUGUUUUCUUAACCCAACUACAUCCCAGUAGAACAGUACAAAAUAUUAUUUUAUGAACCAAAAAAAAAAGACUCUCGCAGUCAAGAAUGAAGCUCACACUGAUGGUUAGUUUGUGUUAAAUGGUAUGUCGGUUUAUUUAAAUGCACCACCAUUCUUCCCUACAGACCUGAAACAUGUGUAUUGUCUAAUAUGAUAUGCAAUGCAAAAUGUUACCAGUUUGUGUGUUGUUUAAUUUUAUGAGAUUUCAUAUUCAAAUGACUAUUUAUCGCUACAAUGAGUGAAAGUGACUUAAUACAUUCUUGGCUACGGUUUUGCUUCAUGUUGCUUUGUAGGAGAAUAUAGAGGAUAUAUUAAAUAUUUGGGUAUUAUUUAAAUUGGGUAUUUUUUAUUAUUAUUAUUUUCAGAUGUAAGGAAUAAAAAAAAAAAACAUCACGUCUUAAGUUGUUGAAGUGGUGCCAGUGCAAUUUUCACUUUCUUCCGAGGAUCCUGUGUAUUGGCUAACCCAGUACAUGUGCAAUGACAGAAACGUAGUACUUGAAGGUUUUUGGGUUGGUCGGAUGAACAGGAUUCUUUGAGCUACAAAACAGUGUAAAGCCUGUGAACUGAACUCAAGUCUGCCUGUUGACGACGAAGAGGUUGAAAUGCCUCAUCCCACCUUAAAAAUAACCUUGGGUACUGUUUUCAUGUUCACAGUGUACGUACCUAUACAAUCUCUGAAGACUGAACAACCUGCACCGCACAGUGAUCUGCUUCUGUUUUCUGCUAUUGCAUUGUUACUGUGAAGAUCUGUUUACUAAAAGAGUAAAGUGUGCAAUAAAAACCAAAAAGUGAGGACAAAAA